CCCGCCACUAGCACCUCUGCGACCUUCCCCGUUUCCCAACACACUUUUCCCACCGAAAAAACACCAGUACUGGAACAGCAAGAUACCCUCAACACGCAGGUCCUAGCGCAGGCAGCUUCCAAACCCCAAACUCUCGCGUAUCGCUGGACGUCCCUCGUCUUUACGCGCUAUUUUGGUCGGAAUUCCAGUAGAGGGCCCAUCUUUUCCGAGGGCACUAUACACUGCACUUUUUAAAACGGAAUUAGGUGUUGAGCAUGGCGGAACCAGAGGGGAACGAACGCGCGGUCCAGCACAAUCAGCUGGAUUCCGGUGAUGCUAAUCCUGAAAUACCCAUGUCGGUUGGGGAGCAUUCUGCUUUCGCCGGGCAACAAAACGCGGACGAGCAGCGCGCUGCAUAUCAAAGCCUUCAGCCAAAAGUGGACGCUGCUCAGAGCGCGGCUUUUCUACGGGCCGCGCAAGCAGCGCUUCAGUCUUUGCUAGCGAGUCACCAGUUCCAGGGGCAACUAUCUCUACCAAACACGGCGCAACUUACUCAGUCGAUCGCAGAAAGCAGAACAGCGGAACAAAGUAGUGCGGAAGCAGAAGCUGUAGCAAGCGCUGCUGUUGCUGUCAACGCAGCUGUCAACGCGGCAAACGCAGAAAACGCGGCGAAUGCAGCAAACGCAGCAAACGUGGCAAGUGCAGCGGCGGCCAACUCGCAGAAUAUAGCACAGUCGCUACCUCCCGCUCCCCAACAACCCGCGAUGCCCGAUUUGCAACAGAUGAUGGCCCCUGCUUUCCCGAAUCAUCGAGACGAAACGGCGCAAUUGCUUGCUCACUUUGCCAACAACCCAGCUGCAGCAGCGAAUAGUUUGAUGUUACUUAGCAGCGCGGCGGCUGCUGCAGGCAACCAGAGUAGUCAGCAAAAGGCCUUGGAGAAUAGCGUGGCGAUGCAGCAGAAUUCCAGUGUACUCACCGCACAACUUGCCGCUCUAUAUCCUCAACUGGCUGCCGCUACGACAACGAUGGAUCCUUUCGCGUCUUUGCUGACAAGAGCUUUACAGCCGAUGGCGCCGGGAGUUCCCCAAUUCCCUUAUUCCCUGUCCCCACAAGCCUUACAAGAGGCCGUGUUGGCGGCAGCAGCUGCUGCAGCUGUAGCGACGGGCGAUUCCUCGAGGGUUGCCGAUGGAUCAGUUCGGUCGUCACAGGGCUCCGUGUCGCCCACAAGCGGCAAGCACUCGGACUUUUCCCUGCGCGCAGAUCAGGUCGUCCCAGGCAAGGACGGGCGGUAUCCCUGCACGCAUUGUGAGCGAAGCUUCAGCCGCCACUACAAUCUUAAAAGCCACUUACGAACGCAUGAAAACCACAGGCCAUUCGAAUGCACAGUCUGUGAUCUGAGAUUCACGAGGAACCACGAUUUGAACCGGCACAUGAAAACGCAUUCUCGCGAGAGGCCACAUGUAUGUAGCGGAUGUGGACGGAAGUUUGCCAGGAGAGAUGCACUUCGUAGACACGAACGUAUGGAUUCCGAGGGCAAGCGAGCCCACUGUGUGCCAGGCAAUCACAACAAUCAUCCGGCAGAAUCAGGAUCGACUCCAGGUCCAUCAUUAGCUCAUCCAAUGUCGCCGCAUGCUUCGGGCAGUCGGCAGGAACCACUAUCACCGCAUUCCUAUCAACAGCAUCUGCAAGGACAUGUACCUAACCAAGAUCCAGCCAGCGGCGGUGCACCAUCCACGGCUGCUGCCGCUGCAGCAGCGGCGGCGGUGGCACAAAUGUUACCAGGGCCUAUACAGGAAGCCCUUUACGCUGCACUCGUCGGCGCUGCGCAGGCUGCCGCCGCAGCCACUUCCGGCACCAAUGUGCAAAACAUGGGAAUGCACCCUGACGGCGCGAGCUCAGCUGUACCCGCUCAACUACCUGGCGUUCCGGCCCCACCGACGUUGACCAAUACCCCCACCCCCGCCCAGGUGCAAGCCGGCGUACAGGCCUUCCUUACGGCCGCUCACGCGCAAGCACAAGCCCACCUUCAACAACAAGCAGCUCACAGCGUGGCUAAUCAGGGCGGCCCAGGCAACAUGGGCAUGCCUCAAAUGACAAUCGAGAACGCUUCCGCAGAGUUACAACAUGUGCACUCGCAUCAGCAAGAGCACCAACAAGAUUCACCAUCGUGACACUUCACCCCUUCUAACUGGCUGCCUAACUCCGCCAAAGUACUUACUUGUCGCUGUAUCCUGGUGGUUCUCACCGCCCGCUCUCACUCCCAAGAGUCCCGCUCCUUUACCCGCCCCCGCACCUGGUCGGAGAAUGUGUAGUAUAUUCCCCACCUCCCUAUACCCCUGGUUCUGGACGCAACCACGAUGGUGCAACCCAGUCCAUCAGAGAAACCAGAUCUUUAGACACUGCAAUGGAUA